AUGCCACAAAAAGACUUCCACGUCGCCAUCAUCGGCGGCGGCAUCGCCGGCCUCACCCUCGCCAUCGCCCUAGCCCACCGCAACAUCCCCUUCACAAUCUACGAACAAGCGCCAGCCUUCGGUGAGAUCGGCGCUGGAGUCUCCUUCACGCGCAAUGCCAUUGAAUCCAUGGACAUCUGCCACCCGGACAUCCGCGCCGCCUACGACAAGGUCAAGACCGUCAACGCGUGGCCGAGCAAGCAGAAGGUGUGGUUCGACUAUAUCGAUGGAACGAAGAGUUCCAAGGCCGGUGAGCGACAGGACGCUGAGUUUGUGAUUAGUAGUGAGCUGGGCCAAAAUGGUGUGCAUCGAGCGCAUUUUCUGGAUGAGCUGGUCAAGGUGCUGCCGGAGGCGAAGGAGAUGGCGGUGUUCGGGAAGAGGCUGUUGUCGAUUGAUGAGCCGUCGAGUCCAGAUGGCAAGUUGACGAUGCGGUUCGAGGACGGCACGACGGCAGAGGCAGAUGCUGUGGUCGGAUGUGAUGGGAUCAAGAGUCGUGUCAGAGCAGCAAUGUAUGGUCUCGACAGCCCGAUCGCCAAGCCAGUGUAUACUCAUAAGUACGCUUACCGGGCCUUGGUGCCGAUCGACCAAGCAGUUGCGGUGCUGGGCGAAGAGAGGGCGAAGAACGCCUGUAUGCAUAUGGGACCAGGCGCCCACGUCCUCACUUUUCUCGUCCAGCACGGCGAGUUUAUGAAUGUCGUCGCGUUCAAGACCAACUCAGACGACUGGCCAGAAUACCACCGAUUGACACGACAAGCCAAGCGAGAAGACGCGCUUCGUGACUUCAGCGACUUUGGCCAAAGCAUUCGAUCACUACUCGAGCUCUCAAAAGACGACAUCGACUGCUGGGCAAUCUUUGACCUUCACGACCAUCCCGUACCUUCCAUGAACAAAGGCCGCAUCCUCAUCGCUGGCGACGCCGCCCACGCCACGUCUCCGCACAAGGGUUCCGGCGCGGGUCUGGCUAUCGAAGACAGCGCUGUCCUCGCUGAGCUGCUUGCUGAUGAUCGCGUGCAGUCUGUGAGAGACGUGGAAGCUGCAUUCGACACCUUCAACGAAGUGCGCAAAGAGCGCGGCCAGUGGCUCGUGAAUGCAAGUCGGAGAGCAGGAGAUCUGUACGAAUGGCGAGCAGAAGGUGUCGGCAAGGAUUUCGCAGCAAUCAAGAAGGAGAUCGAUGAGAGCAAUGCCGUGAUAUCCUCGGCAAGUGUUCGACAGAUGGUAGAGGAGGCGCAAGAGGUGCUCGCAAGAAGACUGGGCACGAAGCAACGUCUUUGA